AUGACCCUAGGACUUCGACCGCCUUUCGACUACUCUUUUCCCGCCUUCACGAGACCCCCUGUCAUGCCAAGUCUCGUCACGGCGUCGUGGUACGCGCCGUCCGAGACGUCCUCCGCGCCAACCCAGGCCACGCCGCUCCGCGUUGCCCUCGUCGCCUCGUCCGACGCCUCCCAUUCGUCCGUCGCUUCGACGCUCUCCGCCUCCGGCGGCGACAAUGCUGCUGCCGUCGCGAAACCGUCGCCGGUCGCUGCAGUUAACGCGUCCCCCGCCGCCCGAGGCGCUGCUAGCAGAGCUAUUGCUCCGCGCGCGGUGCCGCGGCCAGUAGUGAUGAACGCGUACGACGGCGUGCUGGACCCCGACCUGUUCGAGACCGCCGGCGAGUUGGGGCGCGGCGGGUUUGGCACGGUGGUGGCGAUGCGGCGAGUGGAAAGCGGCGAGGUGGUGGCGGUGAAGCGCGUGGCGCGCAAGCAGAUGGUGGCGGCGGCGAACGAGGCGAUGGUGGCAGCGUCGCUGAGCGAGUGCCCGGGCGUGCUGGGCGUGCGCGAGGUGCAUCUGGCCGACCACCACGCGUACCUGCUCUUCGACGUCUGCUCUGGCGGCGACCUCCGCGCCCUCCUGCAGCGCCGCGCCGCUGCCGCCGCAACCACGCCCGCGGAGAAUGGCAAGGGCAGGCGGUGGUGGGGGAAGGCGAGCGGCGAGGACGGGCGGGGAGGGGGAAUGGCGGAGGCGGAGGCGCUGGAAGUGGUGAAGCACGUGGGCGACGCCGUGGCGUUCUGCCACGAGCGAGGCGUGGUGCACUGCGACAUCAAGCCCGACAACAUCCUCUUCGCCUCGCCCCUCUCCAACAUGGAACCCCCGCCUUGCCAACCCGCCGCUAGCCCCGCUGCGGCUGCGCGCCCCUCUCCUGCUGCCCGCCUCUGCGCGCCCGUCUCCUCGGCUCACGCCUCCCCCCGGCUGGCCGCGGGGGCAGUGCGGCUGGCGGACUUUGGGUUGGCGCAGGUGGUGGCGGAGGGGCAGCGCGCGUGCCGCACUCCCGCAGGCACGCCCGGAGGAGCCCCGGCGAGAGCAGCAGGGGGAGAGGCAGAGGCAGGCGGGUAUGGGCGGGCAGCGGACGUGUGGUCGCUGGGGGUGACGCUGUUCGAGAUGAUCGCAGGUGAGCGGCCGUACGCGGGGGAGGCGCCUCAGCAGGGCGAGUGGCGCGCGCGCAUGGAGGGGGCAGCGUGGGAGGGCGUGUCGGAGGAGUGCCGCGCGCUGGUGAGCGGCAUGCUGAGAGUGCGCGCGGAGGAGAGGCUCACCAUGGCGCACGUGUGCCACCACCCCGCCAUGAUCCGCGCCUUCGGGGGCAGCGGGACGCGCAGUAGGAAGGGGUGGUGGUGA